AUGAAACAGAAGUGUGGAGGAAACCUUAUGUUUAACAUGUAUCUCUCAGAUUCAACAGAAAACUUGUUGAAAGAUUCCCGCGCAUGUUGGAACCCAAUUAACACUGGAAUACAGAAAGGUAGUGGACAAAUACAGCUAUGGCAGUUUCUGCUCGAACUCUUGUCCGACAGCUCCAACGUGACCUGUAUUGCGUGGGAAGGGACGAACGGGGAAUUCAAGCUCAUUGACCCCGACGAGGUUGCCAGACGGUGGGGCGAGCGGAAGAGUAAGCCAAACAUGAACUACGACAAACUAAGCCGUGCGCUUCGCUACUACUAUGACAAAAACAUAAUGACUAAAGUCCAUGGAAAGCGAUAUGCCUACAAAUUUGACUUCCACGGUCUUGCACAGGUGUGCCAACCUUCGCCUGCGGAAAACGCUCUGUAUAAAUACCAGAGUAAUUUUGCCUCCAUGCCGUUUUCUGGCAUUUCCAAACUCAACCUUGUUGCGCCAAGUGUCGGUCCAUCCGGAUUCUCGUACUGGCACAGCUCAGCGCCAACUUUCUACAAUAGCCACACCCUACAAGCUCCAGGACCAUUUGGAGCCGUAUCUGCAGCGCAUAUGACCUGUGUAAAUAAUAUCAACAAUGUAAACAAUAUAAAUAAUCAUUACAAUUGA